GGUAGAGAAAGAGGAGCUGGAGGAGGAAGAGGACGAGGAAUAGAAGAAGGAAGAGGAGGAGAAGAAAGAGAAAGAGGAGCUGGAGGAAGAAGAGAUUGUGAAGAAAGGAGACUAAGUAAAGAAGGAGUUGUUGGUGUAGACGGAGUAGGUAGAGGAGAAGGAGAAGGAGAAGGAGGAGGAGACUUGGACGCUGAGAAUCAAAUAGAAUCGGAUAACGGAACAGAAAUGUCUGACAAUGACUUUCCUCUGGAGGCGAAAUCCUCUGAUCCAGCCUCUGUACCGGUCAAUUUUAGCGAUUACUAUAUUCAAUUUGCGCACUGUGCCAUCAAGAACUUGACAUUGACGCGGCUUGAUCGCGAGGAAUUGGAAAAUACCUCAAAACGACCAGUGAGAUUUCUAGCAAGGUUCUAUCAUAAAAGACGUGCACAGAUUUCAGAAGGUCAGAAAGAAGAGGAAGAUUCGUCUUCAUUUCUGGCGAAGGAAAUUUCUCAAAGCAAGGAAAAACUGGAAAGGUCCUUGCCUAUUCAAUAUGGCGCUCAUACCGUGAAGACAGAUACAUUUUCGAGAAUUACUAGGCGAGCACAACCUUCAGAAGAACAAGGAGGAUCAGAAUCGUCUUCAUUUCUGUCGAAAUACGGUUUUCAAAGCAAGGAAAACGUGAAGAAGUCUCAGCCUGUUCAGUAUGGUGCCAAUACAAUCAGAUCAGAUGAAUGGCCUAGAAUCAGUCGAAUGAGAGCUCAAGCUGAUGAACAGUUUAACGAUGCUUCGGUCACCAGCAAGAACAAACUCUACAAAAGCGGCUUGGAGCUCCUGGAUGCUGUCUAUGGACCAAACCCCGGCAACGAAAAACAGAAAACUCUCAACCACCUGUCAGUGACACCUCCCAAGUGCACUUUCUCGCCCAUCUCCGGAGAUAUCUCCUCGAUCUCCGCGCCGUUCGUGAACCCUGUCAACGGGAAACGUGAUUGGUUGCCCGCUUUCAAGUCCACCAGUCCACCUGUUACCAAACCGUGUGUGUGCUACAAAAGUGGGAGUUGCGAUUUUAUGUCCUGUGAUGACGAUUCCUGCCAGAACAACGUCAUAAACUAUGACUUUAUGUCGGCUAGAAACGGUGUUAAUGAACAGGGUUUAGGGAGGUUUGAGUUUAUGACUGUUGGGAACAGGUCUAGUCAACAGAAUAUUGGAAAAAAGGAUUUUAUGAUCUCUGGGAACGGUUCUAGUCAGCAAAAAGUCGGGAAUUGUGAUUUUGUGACCUCUGGAAACAUUUAUAGUGGAAAAAAUGUUGUAAAUGACAAUUUUAUGACAGUUGGGAAUGGUUAUAAUCUACAAAAUUCAGGAAAUAAUGGAUUUAUAACUCAUGGAAACAGUUCUAGUGGACAUCAAAUCGGGAACUAUAAGUUUAUGACUUGUGGAAAUGGUGGGAAACCUAGUAAGUCGUGUCUGGUGAACGAUGCAAGGGUGAAAAAUAGCGAUGACCUUGAAAUGACCUUGGGUCGCAGUAGGACAGCUGUUUCAACAGCUGAUUGUUUGACGAUUUUGCCGCCAAAGUCGGAGAGGUGGGGAGCGUCAGGGUUGGAGACUAAGUUGAAGAUCAAACUUGAAGACACUUCAGAUGAUAGAAAAGACUUCCUGACCAUACCGCUUAGACCCAGAGAAACUGCCAGAGAAUCCCCCGAUAUACUGUAUUAUCCUCGUAGAAUGUUCUAGAAUUAGUUGGGUCCAGUUUAUUUGAUUUCAGAUUAUAUAAAUUAUGAUUCAAAGUUCUAAAAAAGUAUUAUUGGUAACUCCUUGAAAAACUUUUCAAUUACAUUUUGUCAUGACUGACUUUAUCAAGUCUUAUUAUCAAUGACAUAGAAUUUGCUUCAUUAUCAGACUUUAUCUGAUCCUUUAUCUCCAGACUUCAAGUCUUAUUAUCAAUGGCAUGAGAUUUGAGCCCUGAAUUUCUGCUAUUCAGUAAAAGAAUACCAUUGGUUGUUAUGUGAGUGUCCACACAAUCGCCGACUGAAAAUGCAUGAACUCUCCCAUAAGAAUCUAUGUUAUUCUAAUUAUACUUUCAUCGAAAAGCAGAGCCUCAGUUAUGUAAGUUCGUAUCUAAUCAGAUCAUGUUUAUUAGAAAAAAUAAGAUAAUGUUGUACAAUAAGCUCAAGUUGAAAAAUAAACCGAAUAAAUCCUAUUAGAUUAAAUUGCAAUGCUAUCAUCAAGUCUUACUCUUUUGUCGUUAGUUGUGUAUAAAGAUAGUUGUGUCAAAUAUCUUAGUUGUGUUAGAAUGCAAUAUCACGUUCAAAUUAACUAUCAGUUUGUAUUAUUGUAUCAGAUUGUAGUUGCUUUUUAAAAAAGUAUCAAUGAAACAUCCAUAAUUCUUAUAAGUGAUAUUAAUAAUUCAAUUGUAUGGUAAGAUAUGUUGAGGUAUUUCUCCUUAAUUUAACGAAAAAGACGUUGAUGUUGUCAAUACCAAAGUAUUACAACGUAUUUUAGUUGUAAGUACUAUAUUUUUUCAAAAUUGAUUCACAUUACAGCACCAGGUUUCAUGGUAACAUUUACCACAUUAGUUCAGCUGAAGAUGAGUAUAUAGUGGUAUUGACAACUUCAACGUCUUUUCCUUUCAAUGAUAUUAAUCAGUAUAUUUUGAAAUGAAUUAAAAUGUAACCAGUCUGAAAAUGUCAUUUGAGUUGAUCUGUUAACUGUAAAUAAGUGUAGUGGAUUAAGCUGGAAGAUAAAUGAUAAUAUCAUUAUAUAAAAUAUAUUAUAUUUUGUUAUCUUUGUCUGAAUAAAAUUUGGUUUUGUAUAUAUAUUUUUUAUCAUUGUUGAAUAUUUAAUUGUGCUGGAAGAGAUAUAAUAUAUUUUGGUAUUUUUGUCUAAAUAAAAAUUGAUUUUCUACGGAUUUUUUCAAUAAUAAAUUGUUAAAUAUUCAUUUGUGUAGAAAUGACUUAUUUGCUCUCAUUGUUGUUGAAUAUGGGUGAACUUCAUGUGUUCUGUUGAAUAUAUAGAUAUACUUGAUUAUUUUUCAGUAUUAAUAAAGUUUAUUUAUGUUGAAGAGAUAUAUUUUUGUUUAUUGUUGAAUAUGAAUAAAGUUUAUCAUUAUUGAUUUUUA